AUGUCUCAAACAGGUCCAUUCAUCCGUGUGACUACGGUCAGUGCUCCACUCAAAGGAUCAUUUCCAUUGGAUCACGAGGGAACUUGCAAAUUAGAAAUGCUCAACUACAUGGUGUGUCUACACGAGAAGAAGCAACAAAACAGUGAGUGUCGAUCAACUGCAAAAGAUUAUUUCGAAUGUCGAAUGAAUCAUGGAUUAAUGGAUAAAGAGGAAUGGCAGAAACUAGGCUACGGAGAUGCCAAGCAGAUCUCAAAGUGAUUCUUGUUUAAUUUUCCCCUCAAUUUCUUAUGUUUUCCUUUUUCUAUUUUAUGUUAUUAGAUUUGUUAAUAAUAUCUAGCUCCAGUUCUUUGCUCUUUUCUGACUUUCCCCUCAUUUAACAGGGAAUAAACAAGUAAGAGUUU